GCUUUCCGCUGAGCCAAGAGUUGGCCACGGAUACAAUUCUGGCAUCUCUUCCGCCAAGCUAUGCGCAGUUCGUUCAGAACUACCAUAUGCAUGGCAUGGAAAAGAAAGUCACUGAAUUGCAUGGGAUGCUUAAAACAGCAGAGGAGGAUAUCAAGAAAAAUACCAAGCAAGUGUUGCUGGUACAGGGAAAGCCAAAGUUCAAGAAAAAUUCUUGGGCUAAGAAGAAGGCAAAGAAGGGAAAGGCUAAGGAUGUGAUCCCGACCCCUGCCCCUGCUGCGCCUAAGGCUGGACCGGACUCAGAGACCGUAUGCUUUUUCUGCAAAGGCACCGGUCAUUGGAAGAGGAACUGCAGCAAGUACCAGGCCCACGUGGCAAAGAAGGGUGGAAGUGUGACUUCUACUUCAGGGGCUGGCAAGGACUAGGAGCGUCGCAAGUGGAGAG